AUGUCUCCCGCAGCUCUCGCAAAGACCUACAGCAUCGCGUCUAUUCCCGCUGAUGGCAUUGGCCCUGAGGUCAUCGACGCCGGUAUCACUGCUCUGAACGCUUUGACCGAUACUCUGAAGACCUUCAAGCUUGAGUUCAAGAACUAUGACUGGAGCUCUGAGACCUACAAGAAGACCGGAAAGUACAUUCCGGACGGUGGUCUUGAGGAGCUGAAGAAGCACGAUGCUAUCUUCUUCGGCGCUGUCGGCGCUCCUGAUGUCCCCGAUCACAUCUCUCUCUGGGGUCUUCGUCUUGCUAUCUGCCAGCCUUUCCAACAAUAUGCCAACGUCCGCCCCACCCGUGUCUUCCGCGGCACCGAGUCUCCUCUGCGCAACUGCAACAUCGGUGACCUGGACUGGGUUAUCAUUCGUGAGAAUAGCGAGGGCGAAUACGCCGGCCAGGGUGGUCGUUCUCACACCGGCAAGCCUUGGGAGGUCGCUACCGAGGUGUCCAUCUUCUCGCGCCACGGUGUUGAGCGUACGAUCCGCUUUGCUUUCGAGACUGCCCAGAAGCGCCCUCGCAAACUUCUGACUGUUGUCACCAAGAGUAACGCCCAGCGCAACGGAAUGGUUCUCUGGGACGAGGUCGCUAAGGAGGUUGCUGCUGACUUCCCCGAUGUCACUGUUGAUAAGAUGCUGGUCGAUGCCAUGACCACUCGCAUGGUUCUGAACCCCAAGAGCCUGGACACCAUUGUCGCCACUAACCUGCACGCCGACAUUCUGUCCGAUCUUGCUGCCGCUCUUGCCGGCUCCAUCGGUAUUGCGCCUACUUCCAACCUUGACCCUACCCGCGAGUACCCUAGCAUGUUCGAGCCCAUUCACGGCUCUGCUUUCGAUAUUACCGGCAAGGGUAUCUCCAACCCUGUCGCCACUUUCUGGACCGCCGCGGAGAUGCUUGCCUGGCUCGGCGAGGAGGAGGCCUCCAAGCAGCUGCUGGAGUGCGUCGAGAACGUUUGCGAGCAGGGUAUUCUUACCCGCGACCUCGGCGGCAAUGCCAACACAAAGGAGGUUACUGAUGCUGUUGUUGCGGAGAUCAAGAAGCUGGGCUCUAAGUAG